AUGAAGCGAAGUGCGUUACCGCCGGGACGACCCAGUCUCUUCAACACCGGCGUCACGUUAUUUGAGCCAGGGGACGAGGCGGUUGUACGGCGCUCCAAACGCCUGAAGCCUUCCCUGGACACGUUUACGGUGCCAGCACAGGCACACUCAUCCCUGGCGAAGCCACCCUCUACCCCUGGCGCAUCCGGCAGAACGAGAUUGCCCGGGCGACAGAGAAAGGUCGCGAGCGCGGCGCUCUUGAACGAGGGUGCUUCCCCGCUCACCGGCGAAGACCUGAAGCAAGAAGACUCCGACAGCGAGGCCAAGCCAGCACCGCGCCCGAGGGCCAAACGCGCGUCCGCGUCCGCGUCUUCACCGCGCAAACCUGGAAAGCAGAAGCCCGUGGCAACCGCGCUAGCGACGCCCCACCCGGCGCCGCUGCGCUGGCAAGAGGCAUACGACGCCAUCAAGCGCAUGCGCGCGCGCGUGCUCAAAGAGACAGAACCUAAGAACCAACGCUUCUCCACCCUCGUCUCGCUCAUGCUCUCAUCGCAGACGAAAGAUGAAGUCACAGACGCCGCUGUCAGCAAGUUGCGCGAGGCGCUCGGCGGCACCCUCUCAGUGGACGCCCUCCGAAAUGCGGACGACUCGACAAUCUCUGAUGCCAUCUGCAAGGUCGGGUUCUGGCGGCGCAAAACCCAGUACAUCAAACAAGCCGCCCAAAAACUGCACGAUGAGUUCGGCAGUGACGUCCCGCAGACCGUGGAUGAGCUGUGCUCCCUUCCGGGGGUAGGCCCAAAGAUGGCCUUCCUGGCCCUCCAAGUCGCAUGGAACAUUAAUGUCGGGAUCGGUGUGGAUGUGCACGUCCACCGGAUCACGAACAGACUGGGGCUGAACCUGCAGUCCUGGCUCCCGCGCGAGCUCCACCCCGAGAUCAAUCAUCUGCUCGUAGGCUUCGGCCAGACCAUCUGCGCGCCCACCGGGCCGAAAUGCGACCAGUGCGAGCUGAGCGAGCUCGACGGGCUCUGUCCCAGUGCUCGCAAAGGGAUCAAGGCGACCGCGACGUCUAGGCGCAUUAAGCCCAAGAUGGAGUUAAAGUCGGAAGACGAGGAGGAGGCCAAGCCAAAGAUCGAGAUCUCGUUCGAGGAAGAGGCGAAGGCACGGAAGGGCUUGACCAAGUGUAAAUCCAGAGCAUAG